AUGAAGAAGGUCCUAAAAGGAGACGUGCUGAGCACACCCACUCCUGAGAGGCCCCGCAACAAACAGUCGGAACUCAGACUGGUGGUCCCAGAGACUUUACGUGCCGACAUGUUACACUACUCGCACGAAGGCUUUCAAGGUGGUCACCAAGGAAUCAACAGGACGUUUGAGCGAUUACGUUCAGAGUUCUACUGGUUCGGGAUAAAUUUGUGGGAGAGUGUGUGGAUUGUGCGGCAGCCAAGGGGACCACCAGUCCUUGGCCCGUCACCUGGCAAUAUCGAACAAAGGUACCCGUUUGAGGGGGUCUGUAUGGAUUUCGCCACUGACUACCUGAGACCGAUCGUGGAAAUACCUACUUGUUGCUGUUCCAAGAUCAAUUCUCAGGAUACGUCAUGUGCAAACCCAUGCGGAAUACCGAAGCCCAAGAUGUUGUAG